AUGACAGAACAGAAAUCAGAGCCGAGAGAAAUUGAAGAAAUUCAACAUCUCACGGGGAUCAAGCUUGUCAUGUUAGUUAGUGCUGUGACCCUCGUCAACUUCCUGACUUUACUUGAUUUGACAAUUAUUGUCACAACUGGUCAACUAUACUCAUGGAUGAUCAGGGCCUGCCUUCAACCUCUAUGCGGCAAGAUAUAUACCCAUUUUAGCUCAAAGUGGACGUAUCUCGGCUUCCUCUUCAUUUUUGGGUUGGCCUCACUGCUCUGUGGGAUAGCAACUUCUUCCAAGAUGUUGAUUAUCGCUCGAGCAAUAGCUGGUCUAGGGUCAGCUGGACUGAACAGUGGUGCCUUGACAAUCAUUUCAGCUUCUGUUCCUUCGCAAAAGUCACCCCCGCUGAUUGGGGCCAUGAUGGGCACAAGAGUUGACCAACCAUACUCCACAACAGGCUUUUAUAUCAAUAUCCCUAUUGGAGUUAUUGCUGUAUUGCUCACAGUCUUCCUCCAUAUACCCGACCAUGCUACUGAAUUACCUCGCGAAUCCACAGGCCGGACCAUUCUCCACAAGCUUGAUCUCGUUGGUUUCAUUUUAUUUGCUCCAGCUUCCAUCCAACUUCUCCUUGCGCUUGGCUACGGUGGAAGCCAAUAUAGCUGGAAUAGUGCGACUGUGGUCGGGCUUUUCUGCGGCGCUGGCGGUGCAUUCAUCAUUUUCCUACUUUGGGAGUACCACAAAGGACAUAAUGCUAUGAUUCCUCUUUCGAUGAUCUCCGAGGUAACUGUUUGGUCAAGCUGUCUAAUGUUAAUGAGCCUCUUUGGUAUGACUGUUUCUGAGUCAUAUUAUCUUCCAAUUUAUUUCCAGGCUAUUAAGAAUGACUCUCCCAUGAUGAGCGGAGUCUAUAUGCUCCCCAGUAUCCUUUCGCAGUUGGUGUUUGCAAUAUUGUCCGGGGUUUUAAUUGGAAAACUUGGGUACUAUUGGCCAUGGGGCAUUUUCUGCGCAGUGGCUACCUCUAUCGGCAACGGUUUGAUGUCAACAUGGAAUCCAUAUACAUCCACAGCAAAAUGGGUCGGACAUCAAAUCUUAGUUGGAGUUGGCAGAGGUGCAGGCUUUCAAUUGCCUAUCAUCGCGAUCCAAAACACACUCCCGCCUAGUCAAAUACCCGUUGCCAUGUCUGUACUCAUGUUUUCUCAGACACUGUCGGGUGCGGUGUGGCUUACAAUUGCGGAUUUAAUUUUCUCAAGUGGGCUGAAGACUCUGUUGUCCAAAUACGCGCCUGGUCUCAAUCCUCAAACCAUUAUAAACAGCGGUGCGACUGGCAUUCGGAACAUCGUAUCUGGUCAAGAUCUGAUUGCUGUUCUAAAAGCCUACUCUCAGAGCGUGGAUCAUGUCUUCUACAUGACCGCUGCACUUGGAGCAUGCUGUAUCCUAUUUGUUCCCGGGAUGGGAUGGAUGGAUAUUCGGAAGAAGGCAUCUUCCCAAGGGUUGGCUUAG